AUGGCCGGCAGCGGAGAAAGAGUUCCUACCAUCAACAGCUUCCAAAUGGGAAGACUGCAUGGUAAAAAUGCCAUCGUUACUGGUGCUGCUGGAGGAAUCGGUCUUGAAACCUGUAUCCUCUUCGCCAAAGAAGGCGCCAAUGUUCUCAUGGCCGAUAUUUCCGCACCAGCACUCGAGAAAGCCGCCGCAAAACUCAGACAACUAGUUCCAUCCGCCCACAAAGUUGAAGUUAAAGUAUGCGACGUCUCUAAAGAAUCUGACAUCGAGGCCGCAGUUGCUCAUCUCGAAUCUUGGGGUGGUAUUGAUAUCAUGUUCAACAAUGCUGGAAUUAUGCAUGCUGAUGAUGCCGAUGCUAUUGAUACCCCUGAGAAGAUUUGGGAUCUGACUCAAGCUAUUAACGUUAAGGGUGUUUGGUUUGGUUGCAAACAUGCCGUCAUUUCUAUGCGCAAGAACAAGAAGAGCCGUGGUUCUAUCAUCAACACUGCAUCUGUUGUUGCGCUUGUUGGUUCUGCCACUCCUCAAUUAGCAUACACAGCUUCCAAGGGAGCAGUUUUGGCCAUGACUAGAGAAUUGGCUAUUGUUCACGCAAGAGAGGGAUUCAGAUUCAAUGCGCUAUGCCCAGCUCCAUUGAACACUCCUCUUCUUCAAGAUUGGUUGGGAGAUGAUCAACCUAAGAGACUUAGACGUGAGAUUCAUUUCCCAAGUGGAAGAUUCGGAGAGGCUAUUGAGCAAGCUCAAGCAGUUUUGUUCUUGGCUAGUGAUGAGAGUAGCUUUGUUAACGGACAAGAUUUCGUUGUCGACGGCGGUAUGACAAAAGCCUACGUCACCCCCGAAGGACCACCUCUCGCCGCUCCAUCCAACAACGCUCUUCUCAGCGAACAAGUCGAUGCUAUCCGCGGUACCGGUAUUCCUCAAUAG